AUGAGCUACAGCAGCUACUAUGGAGGCCUGGGCUAUGGCCAAGGAGGUGUCAAUGGACUGGGCUAUGGCCAAGGAGGUGUCAAUGGACUGGGCUAUGGCCACGGAGGUGUCAAUGGACUAGGCUAUGGCCAAGGAGGUGUUAAUGGACUGGGCUAUGGCCACGGAGGUGUCAAUGGACUGGGCUAUGGCCAAGGAGGUGUCAAUGGGCUGGGCUAUGGCCAAGGAGGUAUCAAUGGACUGGGCUAUGCCCAAGGAGGUAUCAAUGGACUGGGCUAUGGCCACGGAGGUGUCAAUGGACUGGGCUAUGGCCACGGAGGUGUCAAUGGAGGGGGCUGUGGCUGUGGAGUUGCCAGUGGCUAUGUCUACAACCAUAGAGGCUUCAAUGGUCUGGGAGGUGGCAGCUUCCAUAGACUGGGCAAUGGCUCUGGCUUUGGCGGCUCUGGUUCUGGUUCUGGCUCUGGAAACUACAGAUAA